UUCUCUUUCCCAUCUUCCUUAUUCGUUUCUCUCUUUCUUUCCUUCUUUUUCCUGCAUGUUCUCCAUCCUUUCUCACAAACCCACUCUAAUUCCCAUCCCUUCUCGUUUUUUCUUUGUUGACCUUCUCACUCUCUCUCAAGAACUGACUCACGACGGGGAAGCCAAUUUGGGAUCUGGUGACAAGCAGUCGGCUGCUCACGGUUCUAUUUCUGCUGUAAUAUCAGUUCUCAAGGAUCCUGUAAGAAGCUGUCCUCACUUCAAGGUUUGCUCCACUCUGUGAAUAUCAACUUCGUUUAUACUAUUUGGUUUGCCUCAAUUAAGUUUCAUUGACAAAGCCAACUUAGUUUCACUGACUUCUGAGAUUAUUUAACGGGAGCAUGCACCCCUCAGCCACCAAAAAUAACUUCUCAGUUAACAGCCCAACAAACCGAUGCUAAGAAGCACCAGACAGCUAAAGAAAGUAGCAAGUAUGAUCAGGAACCCCUAUGCAUUGAAGUCAGCAACCCAAUCACAAGUGAUAAGCAUUUAAUCCAGCUAGUGCAUGAAGGAAUGCAAAUAUUAAAAUUACAUCUGAAGCUCCAAAUUUUGCUCAAGAAAAUCAAGCUAUAAAGAGGCAAAAACUUGAAGAGGGGAAAGCUAGACAGCAUCAAACCCCAAGAAGGAACGCAAAUAUUAAAAUUACAUCUGAAACUCCAAAUUUUGCUCAAGAAAAUCAAGCUAUAAAGAGGCAAAAACUUGAAGAGGGGAAAGGUAGACAGAUCCUUAGCAUCGAACCCCAAACUUUGCUCCAUAAAACAAGACCUGGGAAAUCUACCAGCGACUUGUACACUUCAACUGCUAAAACACGUACAGAAGACAGAAAGCCCCAUUUAUUUCAAUGGCAGAAAUGAUGAAGAAGUUCGAAUCUAGUACAAGGGAGAUGUCAAUGCCAUGCAUGAAUUGUUCCAGGAUGGUAUGGCUAGAUCAGUGCAGAGGAAGCCUAAGAUUGCACUGACAAGGCCUAAGGAACCUGAACUUGAAACAGCUCAACGUUACUGUCCAGUAAAACUUAAGAGCUCAGCUGUGAGUUGGAAGAAGAAAUGAUGGCAAAAAUUCCCAAGUUCAAGGCUCGCCGUUUAAAUUAGAAGUGUUCUUUAUUGCAGCUUGGAAACCUUUCCCUUCUCCCUCGGAUCCAUUUCAGCUUAUCCCGAUAAUGGAUGUUGCCGUCGAUGGGAAGAAAACUCUGGCUGGUAUUCACGGAUUGACAGCCUACGUUGACGUCUACUGAAAAUCAAUGCCAAGAUAUUCCAUUCAUAUAAUUCAACAGUGUUCUGCAAUAGUGGAGUAUUCUCCAUCGAUAAUUGGAAGGGAUGUUUCCAUGGCAUUUUCAGGGAAUUCAUUCUUUUCACACAAAUGCGGCUAUGUUGACCAACGGCUACUGAAAAUAUCAAUUGCAACCUUGGUGGUGGCUUCGUCUCUUCUCACUAUGGAUCUGUGGCUAUGUUGACCAACGGCUACUGAAAAUAUCAGUUGCAACCUGGGUGGUGGUUUCGUCUCUUCUCUCUAUGGAUCUGGAAGAAGUUACUCCUGACGGGGAAGCCUAACGAACAGAUGCUAAUUGUUAAGAAACACCAGACAGCUAAACAAUAGCAAGUAUGAUCUCAAACCCCUCUGCAUUGAAGUCAAAAUCUGAAUCAAAAGUGAAAAGCAUUAAUCCAGCUAGUGCAAGAAGGAAUACAUAUGAAAAUUACAUCUGAAAUUUCAAAUUCUGCUCAAGAAAAUCAAGCUAUAAAGAGGCAAAAACUUGAAGAGGGGAAAGCUAAACAGACCUGGGAAAUCUACCAGCAACUUGUACACUUCAACUGCUAAAACACGUACAGAAGACAGAAAGAUUUGUGUUCGUGAACCAGCAGCCCCAUUUAUUUCAAUGGCAGAAAUGAUAAAGAAGUUCAAAUCUAGUACAAGGGAGAUGUCAAUGCCAUGCUUGAAUUGUUCCAUGUCACAUAUAAAUACAAAUAACUUGCUUAAAAGUUCUAUUAAUUUUCUAGUACAUUUUCUUUAAAAAUUUAAACUAUUUUUCAGGAUGGUAUGGCUGGAAUCAGUGCAGAGGAAUCCUAAGCUUACACUGACAAGGCCCAAGGAACCUGAACUAGAAACAGCUCAACGUUACCGUCCAGUAAAACUUAAGAGCUCAGCUGAGUUGGAAUAAGAAAUGAUGGCAAAAUUCCCCAAGUUUAAGGCUCGCCCUCUAAAUAAGAAGAUAAAUAAUUGCAACGGAUUUUAUUGCGAUUAUUUCACCCCAAUCAAAAUAACAAACCCACAUUAUGGACCGAGGCAUGGAGUGGCUGGUAAUUCCUCUAUAUACCGUUGAGUACUAAUGUUUUCACAUUUCUGGUAUCUUAAGUGAAGUCACUUUCCUCGGAGGCCCAAUUCACCAUCGACCAGUUGAAGAUUUGGCCUUUGAAGUUGCCCAAUUCAUCCAAAAAGGAGGUUCCUUUGUGAAUUAUUACAUGUAUCAUGGAGGAACCAAUUUUGGAAGUACGGCGGGAGGCCCUUUCCUGACUACCAGCUAUGAUUAUGAUGCUCCUAUUGAUGAAUACGGUUUUGCUUAGCCAGCCAAAGUUAUGACCAUUUGAUGGAACUUCAUAAGGCGAUUAAGUUAAGUGAGAGAGCUUUAGUUAAUGCAGAUCCGACUGUUACGCCGUUUGAAAACUAUGAACAGUAUAGCCUCUCCGCCGGUCCGCCCUCUCGCUUCUCGCUUCUCUCUAGAGUCGCCGACAAACUCGCCGGCUUCCUCUCGCAGCCACCGCCGGCGACGUUGCAGCUGAACCCAAGUCCACCGCUGCCGCUAGCUCUCAGCUCUCUGCCUCUCUGGACACCCUCAGGCGCGGCUCUCGUGACAGCUGCUUCCGGUUCCCUCUCGCAGCCUCCGACGACGGUCAGGUGACGCAGCAGCCAAGCACCACUCCGCCGCCUCCGACGACGGUCCGGCACUCCGGCAGCUCCUUCUACCACUGUAAGUUAAUGUCUACCGAGAAUUUAUCUAUCCCGCAAAAUCUACCUACUUCAAUCAGUAUGGUUGGUGAAAGUAAUGAAGUGCGACAAACUGAAGGAAUUGACUUAGAUUUAGGUGAUCAUGAUACACCCCAAAAUGAAGAUGUAGAACAACAAUAAGAUUUUCAAACAAACAAGAGGAAAAAAACCUCAAGUGUGUGGGUUGAUUUUGAAGUGAUCAAUGUAGAUGGAAUAAAGAAGGUAAAGUGCAAUCAUUGUCAUCAUCACUUUGCAUUGACUAAAACUGGAACGACAACUAGCUACAAGAGGCAUCAAGAGAAAUGUGUUAAGAGAAAGACAAACUUACAGGUGGUUGAUCAACAAACUAAGUUGAAUUUUUUGCCUAGUGAUGGAGUUUCAUCUUCUCUUCCGCCAUUACAUCAUGGGAAGUUUGACAUGGGAGUAAUGAGAGAGUCUGCGGCUCAUUGGAUCAUGAUGCAUGAGCACCCAUUUAACAUUUUGGAAGAAGUAGGAUUUAACAUCAUGAUGAAACGAGGAAUGCCAGAGUGGAGAAAGAUUAGUAGAAGCACAAACAAAUCAGACUGUUUGAAGGUUUAUCAGCUUGAAAAGAAAAAGUUGAAGCACAAUCUUGAAUCCGUUAGCAAAGUAAGUUUGACAACGGAUUGUUGGAAAUCAAAAAACCAAAAGAUUGAGUACAUGGUUGUGACCGGCCAUUGGAUUGAUUCUAGUUGGAAAUUACAGAAGAGAGUUUUAAGCUUUAUCAAUAUUCCACCACCGAGGGGAGGUCUGCAAAUAUGUGAUGCUACUAUAUUUAGGUGCAUGAAUGAUUGGGGAAUUGAAAAGAAGGUUUUUACAAUUAUGGUUGAUAAUGCUACUAGUAAUGAUUCUGCAAUUCGGUACAUGAAGGAUACACUUCAAAGAUCAAGAAGUUUGGUAUGUGGAGGUCGUUUAUUUCAUGUUCGAUGUUGUGCACACAUCUUGAACUUGUGUGUUCAAGAUGGAUUAGAAGAGAUUCGACAUGUCAUUAGGGAUGUUAGGGAUAGUGUCGAAUAUGUGAAUCGAUCGGAGGCAAGGCGUAUACAGUUUGCAGAUUGUGUGCAGCAAUUACAGUUGAAAGAUAGAAAAUUGAUCCGUGAUUGUAAAACAAGAUGGAAUUCGACUUUUGAGAUGCUUAGUUGUGCACUCAAGUUUAAAGAAGCUUUUAAGAUGUUAAAUGAUCGUGAUCCAUUUUUCGACAGUUGUCCAUUAGAAGAUGAUUGGGUUAAAGUUACCAAGGUUUGCUCUAUUUUAGAGGCUUUCUGGACAGCUACUCACAUUAUUUCAGGUUGUGAGUACCCUACUUCAAAUUUAUUUCUUCAAGAAGUUCAGAAAAUCAAAGCAGCCUUGGAUAGUCAUGCAAAUGAUGAGGAUUCCUUCAUUAAGGAUUUGGUUGGGAAAAUGAAAAUGAAGUUUGAUAAAUAUUGGGGUGAGUGUAAUCUGUUGAUGGCUAUAGGUGCUGUUUUUGAUCCAAGAAAGAAGAUGCUUGCUGUUGAGUUUUGUUUUCCUAGACUGUAUUCUGAUAUUGAAGCUAAGGAAAACAUUUCAAAAAUGAAAGAGAUCAUCAAUACUCUUUAUGAAGAGUAUGUUGCUGAAGCAAUGAACAAAGACAUUUCUAAAAAUUUAGGUUCUUCUACAACUUUUGGGAGCCAAGUAAGCCGUCAAAGUUCUACAUACGAUUGGGAUGAUUUUGAUGAUUAUUGUGCUCAAGUUGAAACUUCAGAGCCUAAGAAAUCAGAGUUAGCAGACUAUCUUGAAAAAGGCCGUCUUAAGAAAAGUGAGAUUGCUGCAGACUUUUCUUGUUUGGAUUUGGUGGAAGAUGAAUAGAAUGCACUAUCCAAUAUUGGCAAGAAUGGCAGCAGAUAUCUUAGCUAUACCUGUUAGCACGGUGGCUUUAGAAGCAACGUUUAGUGCGGGGACACGAGUAAUUGAUUCUUAUCGUGCAUCAUUGCUGCCGGAAACAGUACAAGCUUUACUCUGUGGGGGUGAUUGGCUUCGACAUAUACACGGAGUUACCAAAAACAAAAAAGAGAAAUCGUAUCAAGAAAUUUAUCUUCCUGUAUCCAACCCAUGAAAGUUAUGUUAGAAUGAUUGUUCCUAAUCUUUUUUGACGGGGCGUUGUUGCUGGAAAGAGUGAAGAUUGAAAAGCAUGGCGAGUGUGAAGUUGAUGUUAAGUUCUUUAAGUUGUAUUGAAUUGAUGUGAAGUUGAUGUUAAGUUCUUUAACUUGUAUUGAAUUGAUGUGAAGUUGUUUAAUCUGUUUGUAUUUUGUAAUGUUGUUGUAGACUUCUACUUUAGCUUUGAAGCUGUAAACUUGUGUGGAGA